AUGACGGCCAAUCCGUCCAUCGCCGCCGCGCGAUCCUCCAUAGUCGACAGUCCUCUACCGCAGUCCAGAGAAACAGGAGAAGCCUAUCCCGAAAAGGCCCAAGAUGGAGCUUUGGUGAAAGCGCCGCCGCCUGUCGCAAAGUCAUGGGCUCAUUUUGUCGCCGGAGGUCUGGGAGGCAUGACUGCCGCUACCUUGACAUGUCCACUUGACGUCCUGAAAACUCGUCUGCAAUCCGACUUCUACCAAUCACAACUUACCGCCUCUCGCGCCGCAAGAGGCAUCCCGCCGCUGUCGCAACUCUCAUACUCACGAACCGCCAUCCUCCACAUUCGAGAAACCUUCCAGAUCCUGACGGCCAUCCCUCGCAACGAAGGUGCUCGCGCGCUCUUCAAAGGACUAGGUCCCAAUCUCGUUGGUGUCGUGCCAGCACGAGCCAUCAAUUUCUACGCGUACGGUAACGGAAAGAGGAUUCUGGCGCAAAACUUCAACGAUGGCAAGGAGGCCCCUUGGGUACACUUACUGGCUGCUGCUGCAUCUGGUAUGCUUACUGGAACCGCUACAAAUCCCAUCUGGCUGGUCAAGACGCGACUGCAACUGGACAAAUCAAGAGCAGAGAAGACCGGAAGUGGUUUGGAUGGAAGAAAAUACAAGAACGCUCUGGACUGCACAAUGCAAACUAUUCGCUCAGAAGGUAUCCGCGGAUUGUACAGAGGAUUGAGCGCAAGUUAUCUGGGCGUUACGGAAAGCACAUUGCAAUGGGUACUCUACGAGCGCAUGAAGACCUACAUCGCAUUACGGGAAGAGCGCAUCGCAAUAGCCGGCCGACAACGCACAUCCUGGGACGAAGCAAUCUCAUGGUCUCUGAAGCUCGGAGCAGCAGGAAGCGCCAAAUUCGUCGCCGCACUCAUCACAUACCCUCACGAAGUUGUCCGCACACGUCUGCGACAAGCUCCUGUCACUACAGCUCUGGAUGGUAAACCUCAACUCAAAUACACUGGAUUGGCUCAGUGCUUCAAGCUGGUAUGGAAAGAGGAGGGCAUGGCUGCUCUGUACGGCGGCCUCGUGCCGCAUAUGCUUAGAGUCGUGCCCAGCGCUGCCAUCAUGUUCGGCAUGUACGAGGCCACCUUGAGGUUCCUUGGAACCGACUCUGGUGUUUAA